AUGGUUGAUCUGAAGAACGGUAUAGGUAGACGCUGUCCAUGGUUAAUGGAUGAUGUUUGUGGUAAACCAUGUACCACUCAGUCGGCUAGUUGUAUCGCGGACUUCAAAUACCAAUUACUUAGUGGCACCGAUACAGAUAUAUGUGGAUUGAUCAAAUUGGCUAAAGAAUGUAUCAUUUCCAAAAGUAACACAUGUGGUGCAAAACAGAAACAGGCAGGACUGGAUAGACUCGACAAAGCAAUUGAAGGCUUGAACAUACCAGUUAACUGUGAAGAUGGCAAUGCCGUACAGAAAUGUCUGAUAUCCAAUAGACAAGCUGUGUUGUCUGAACUGUCUCAGAGAGCUAGUGUUUCUGAUGGUGAUGCGGUUUGUAGCUCGAUUACCUCCAUGAAUGAGUGCAUUGAAAAUGAGAAGGAUGGCGAUGAGGUACCUCAAGCAAUUAGAGAUAUCUUGGACGCAGUGUUCCCCUUGAAAUUGGAUUGUUCAGCAAAUUUGGACGGCAGUUGUGCAUUCAAAGACAUUAAAUCCGCAACUCAGAGGCUCCUGGAUUUCCUUAUAGCAGUUGCAUCCGACCAGACCUCGGACUUCGAGAAAGACGUGUAUUGCAGUAAGCUGAAAGUAUUGGAAGAUUAUGUAUCAGGUCUCGUUGGUGAAUGCAAUGAUAGAGGUUUGGGAAAGGUACUCAAUGGUAUGCAAUCAUUCUGUGAACCAGACAACGGAUGUGACGAUCUCGAGACUACCUUAGAUGCCUGUGUUUCUCUUUAUACCCAAGUGAAAAAUGACGAAGAUAAAUCAUGCAUAGGAAUUCAACUAGCAAGAAUAUGCCUAUCGUCAGCAGUCACAGGAUGUACAGGUUCCACUGUAACGACCCUUCUAAAUACGAGACUACAACUCCUACUCACUGAUCCUCUAUGUCCACCGAUACCACAAUUCAAGCUUGCAACGUCCACCAAGAAGACUAUAUAUCUGUUAGAAGGCGGUCCUAGUUUCCCAUUAUCAGUAUCAUUGUUAGAAUCUCCUGGAGACAAUGCUAUACUUAAACUGACUGUCAAAGCUUCCAACAUGGCUUCUUCACCGCCAAAAUGCCGAAGUGAAGAUGACGAAGGCUUCCAACAAAUCCACGUGACGAAUCCAAAUUCCCUAGAAUUUACCAAAGACAAUUUUAAUAAGGCCAUAACCUUUGACCUCAGUGCUGUACUUGAUGGACGUGUCGAUGGAUCGCAAACGAUGAUGGUGCAGAUAGUAGCUGAUCUGGUCGUCAAUGGUAACAUUAAAUACAGUGACCUCAUUGCUGAAUAUACCGUACUGGUUGUCGAUAGAGAUGAUAAAACAGCAAUUUGUUCCUCAAUAAACGAUCCUCACGUAAAAACAUUCGAUAAACUAUUGUAUGAUAAUCAACUUCAGGGGAAGUUUGUACUAUAUAAACAUCAAACAUUACCUUAUAUGGUUCAAGUGACCUACCAGAAAUGUGCUGAAGAAGGAACAUGUAACUGCCGUGUGCAGAUCCUCUCUGGUGAUGAUGUCAUAGACUUUAACAGAUGUUAUACAGAGACUGACGAUCGUGAUGUAUCCAAACCAUUAGAGCUAUCAAUUACUAGAACUGGAGAUUUUACCCACAACACACAGAUCUAUAGCCAAGAUGAAGGUCGCAGAUUUUACGUAUUGUUACCAACUGGUACCCUGGUACAGAUCAGACUUGGUGAUUUUUAUAUGAACGUGUGGAUUACUCCUUCAGUUGUAGAUAAAGAUCAUACGGAAGGUCUAUGUGGAGUGUACAAUGGAGAUACCUACGAUGAUUUGAGAUUACCUAACGGUGAUAAAUAUACAGUAAUUGAUGCAGAUAAGACUGGGGGUGUUUUAACUGUCAAUGAUUUCUCUAAAGAAUGGAGAGUUAUUAUAGAUUCAGAUAACGACUUGAGUGUAAGUUCUACUGCAUACUAUUCUGAUGUAACAUCAACGAAACAAUAUACAGUUGAAGCUUGUGGUCUAGUACAGGGUAUUGAUAUCACAAGUGAUCUGGUCUCAGAAAGUGAAGAGUACGCCACUGAUGGUAGAAAAAAGAGAGCUGUUGCUAAUGAUAAUAUUGAUAUUGAUGAGUCUGCCAAACCUUCAGUCAGUGAAUGGCCCACCAAGACAGGCUGGACUCUGAAUAACGCCACAAAAUUCUGCCAAGACAACAUCCUGAGCUGGGGCGUGACGCAGAAGUGUUUGGAAGCAAUCAGCGCUAUUGGCGGGAAAACAAAUUUUGAAACAGAAGUGAAUAACUGUGUGGCAGACAUCAAGUUGAGUGGAAAUACGAAUUGGGUUGAUUCAGCUAAAGAUGAUGUUCUACAGAAUUGUUUAAAUGAACUCAAUAAGGACGUCCAGUACCUGAAUAAUCCCGAAGCCAAACUGCAGGCUGAAGCUGUGAUGAGUUCUUCGUGCAAUCCAUCAGAUUGUAAUGGUAAUGGUCAAUGUACAACUGGUACAUGUAUAUGUAAGAAGGAUUAUUAUGGAUCGGAUUGUUCAAUGAAGGAAGAUGAACUGCCAACCCCAGUCCUGUACAGCAUCAAGAAUAACGGAGAAUGUAUACUAUCAGACAAGUCUAGUUGUACUAAUGUCUUUAUUAGUGGUAGACAAUUCAUACAAUCUGAAAAGCUCACCUGCCAUAUACAGCCAUUGGAGGUAACGGAAACUGGACAUAAGGCAGUAGGCCAACCAACCAUUGUAAUUGCUAAACUGUUGACGUUAAAUCAGAUCUCCUGUAAAGUGAGCGGUAUCAAAACACCUACCACCAGUCUCCAUAUCUCUAUCAGUAAUAAUGGAAAGUCAACUAGUAACAAGCUGAUGUAUAUCGCUUAUAACGUCGCGAUCCAUCAGUGUAAUGCCCUGGAAGGCACCUGUAAAUUACAGUCCAAUCUCUGUAAGAUUGGUGGUCAGGUUUACAAUAAAGAUGAAAGUCUACCCACUGAUAAAUGUUUAUAUUGUAACCCAGAAGAAUCUCAAACUAGAUGGUCGUCAAAAUCAGAAGCCGGAUGUGAGAUUAUAGCGGAGAGGAGAGAUGAUAAUCCCAGUGGAUUAGGAUUAACCGAAACUAUAAUUAUCGGAGUAAUUGGUGGCUUAGCAUUCUUUAUUAUUGUGGCCAUUUUAAUCAAAUUUGUUCUCGUCAAACGAAAUAGACGAACUCCAAAGAGAGUAGAUGAUACGGAGGUUGCUCUUCCACCUUCUCCUAAAUCACCCCAGGAACGAGAACUCCAGAUUUUCCAGAAUGAGGUCUAUGUGAGCAGUGAUGAUUUGAAAGAUGAAAACGAUUCAAUGCCAGAACUGAAUGAUUCUCGAUAUUUUGAUGACAGAAGUGCCUCCGAAAGAUGCAGCACAAGAAUUAAACCACGAAUAAACACACAGUCUAUGUCGGGGCCGUUUGUGACCAAAAUAGAUAUCAAUUGA